ACUCUUCCACAGAAACACUAUAUAAACCUAUGGGUAGUGCUACAAUUUUUUCUUUUGAAUUGCUUGCAGUUACAAUUUUAGCUUGGUUAAUGUUUUGAAAUUUUGUUAUCAUAUAAGGGGCUCCAAUUUAAUUUUGACUCAUAAAUAUUAUUGUUCAAAUAUAAUGAAUAUUACUAUGAGUGAAAAAGAAGACUGCAGUGAUGUGAAUCACAAACUCCCCGAUGAUGCAGUUAAGAGAGGCCUGUGGUCUGGGCUGAGCCUCAUGCAGAUACCUUCUGGUGCUUGCAAAGUUGAGUCUGAUGAGGCCAGCAGUUCAUCUCAACUCCCAGAAAUGAUGGCAGGCUACCUAAAGAAGGAGCCUGUAGAUGAGGCAGAGGACAUAACUGUGAAGGAUGAACCUAUUGAUAUUGAUGAAAAUCAGCUGGAUUGUUCACUCAAGCCCAGCAGCAAUGGGUGUGUUGACCAGCAAGCUCCGCCUCCCCCAUCUGGGGUGCUGUGCAAGACGGAAGCUCAAAUUGAGGCUCGAGCUCACCAACCCGCCUCACUCAUCUCCACUGUGCCUAGAAUUGUGCAUUUAUCGAGCUCAAGCAAUGAAGGCACACCAUCCCCGGGGGCGACACCAUCGCACAUACCCAAGGAGACGCAGGGACUGAACUCGUGCCACUGCAACCAAUGCCGGGAAGAAAACUGGACAGUAAUCGAACAAGACUUGAAAACUCUAAAAGCAGCAGUCUCCAUUCUUACGAAGCAAAAUGAAAAAGUUCUAGAACAAAGCACUUUAAAAGCAGCUGUCUCCACUCUUACGAACCAAAAUGAAAACAUCACGAAAGAAAUACGGCUGCUGAGGAAUUUGAUUUGCAACAACAAUACCGAACAUUUACAUAUGGACGAUUCAAAGCUGCCUAAGCUUCCGCUGAAGAGCAUUGACGACAUCAACGCCCUCGAAGAAACCUUGAGCAGUGCAGAGGAGAGAAGUCGUUUGAUACAUCAUCUGUCGCUUGUUGGAGGGUCCAAGUUUACCUCUGUUAUACACAACGCCAUGAAAGCGCUCUUAAGCAAGAACUUGGCCAUGGAGUUCAGUUUAGAAGGCAAGAAGAAACGAGCAUUCAAGGCGUUGAAAGCUCAUAAGUGUAUUGUUGAAGCUGUCAUGAAGUCCCCACACUGCCAGGCUGCAACAGUGUACGACAUCAACAAAGUUAUUAGCUUGAAUUUGACAGGUGCUCGGGACAGAGACGAGGGCAGGAAACGGCGAUACUUUUCUCAGGCACCCAAUUCCUCUGCUGAUCAAUCUCAAGAACACAAGAAGAUCAAACUUCUUGAGAACACAAAAAGUCCAAGCAUCUCAAAAACACAAAAAGUUCAAACAUCUCAGGAACACAAGAAGUUUAAACAUCUCAAAAAUGCAAGAAGUUCAUAAUCAGCAAGUCUAGUUCAAUUGAUAUCGCCUAAUAAUGUUUCCCUACAAGUAUGACACAUUAUUUUCUUUGUGUUAAGACGGAGUAAAAUUGAAAACUAUAAACAAGAGGAAGGAUUUGGCGAUCGACGUUCUUGGCAACAUUUCAAUUCAAUAAUGUCAGGAUGAUCGACAGCAUUUUAUGAUUUCUAAAUUUUCUUGUGUGCCUCACAUGCAAAACAUUAAAUUUCAAUUCUUAUUCCAAAUAGUCCCGUUUUCCAUAUUUCCUCAUUCUAUUCACUACCUCCGCGUUUCCACAAAAUUCAUGAAUUUCUAAAAUUUUUGUGCCAGCUAAGCAAUAGCGCUGAAACCAUAUCUACGCCUCAUCUUACCCAUGCAAGUUAUUGUCUUGUAUAAGUUAUUGAAUACGAAAGUUGCAACAAUAUCCGUUGGAAUUAAAAUAGAAGCUCUCGGCUUAUGUGAAGCAAUAGGACAGUAUGAAGUUUAUUUCUAAUAUUUUUUGCAUUUAAAAGUGCAGAAAUAUUUAUUUUUUAAGGCUAUUUCUCGCUUGGUAAAUGUUAGUGUUUACUUCUUGCUAAUUUAUAAGCUUGCAGGUGCCUUGUAAAGUCACGGUAAAUAUACGGAUAAUAGUCUGUAUUCCUUGCAUGUUAUGAAAUAUUGAUGCCAUAAAUAAACAAAUGCCGUUCA